CUGUUGAAUCUAAGGAUUUUUUCACACUUGGUUUGAAUUCUCAGGGCUGAUUCUAGGUGCAAAAUCACAGGUUGGCAUUCAAAUAGAAGAAGUCCUUCUGAGCAGUAGUUAGCAGUGGAUAGCUUUCAUACUUGAUGCAAAGCAUUCCAUAAUUUGGUUGAAGUGAACCCCAGUCCGCCAUUGUCAAGAGGACCAGGAAUAGAACCGCUUUAUAACUUACUGGCCUGAAAAGUUUAUUUUAUGUCCAACGGUAUUUGGACAUCGUUCUAUCACACCAAUUUGUGUUUUUUCAUCAAACUGUUGCCACAAAGUUGGAAGCACACAAUUGUAGAGAAUGCCUCUGUAUGCUGUAGCAUUACAGUUUCCAUUCACUUGAACUAAGAGGCCCAAUCAUGUUCCACCAUAUCAAUACCCCUGUGCACAAAGAAAGACCCAUGAAGACAUGGUUUACCAAGCGUGGAUUGUAAUUCAAGUGUCCCGCACCGAACCCUAACCUCAACCCCACUGAACUCUUUUGGGAAGAACUGGAACGCUGACUAAAAGCUAGGCAUCUUCAGCUGACCUCACUAAUGCUCUUGUGGGUGAAUGAAGACAAAUCAUCACAGCCUCACUAAAAUAUUGUGGAAACCUUUAAGAAACGACUGUAGAUUAUUAUUAUUAUUAUACAACAGCAAAUCGGAAUAAAUCUGCAAGAUUAAAAUUCAUCCGUGAUAGUCAGGUUUCCACAAACCCUCGUCCAUCUAGUGUAACUUAUCCAGGCUUCACAGUUAAGAUGAAAGUCAAUGUAUUAACAAAUGAUGCACAAUCAGUCAUCUCAAAGGUGAAUUACUUCCAACUUGGCAACAUUGAUUCAGCUCCUCUUUCAUACUGACUGCUGAAUAGACCUUCUCAGUUCAGUGUUCGCUGACAGAACCGUUUCGGUGCUUUUCCUCUCAUCAGACACAAGCUGAGGUUUUCGGGAUGCCAUAGAGCAUUGCUGCUGCAGUCUUGGCAUUUCAGAGUAACACAAUAGAAGAUGUAAUAUGCAGGAGGCUCCUAUUAAACACAGAAGAUAGCCAAACUGCUGACUGGGGAAGAUGAAAAGUGGCUUCUCUGGGAGAUGAAAAUCGUCUCGGACAUCUAACGUUCCUCAUUGAUCAACAUGUCCCAUUUUGUCAGACUCCUACAAAGGAAGAUGUCUGCUGACUCUUCUGAUUUAAGUUCUAGGGACCAUGAUACAGACCUGGACAUGUGAUUUUACUCCAUGAAUGGUUUUUCAAAAUGUGUCAUUAACGAGGAUUUCAGUGUGAAGUGGAAUGUUUCGUGUCAUCACGGCAGGACUGAGCUGUUUUAACCCACAUCCAAAACUCCACCAGCCUUAAGUGGCCUCAUGGAUUUCUACUAUGGUCUAAAACACAAAGGAGAGACUUUAACUUGAAAAGAAGCACCUUCUUUUAUGUAGCUGACUAAAUCUGAAUAUUUUUGUAUCUGAAACAAGAAGGAAUCUUUAGCAGCAGCUGCUUGACCAAAUUAGAGGUUCUGUAGCUGGACUGAAAUGCGACUUGGUGAACGUGAAGGCGUAAUUAUGGACGAUCGGAUUGGUUUUGGAAUGAGAUUAUCUCUUAGUAAGAGAGUGUUGCUCAUUUAGACAAAACGUCCUAUUUCUCAUUUUAUAUCAAAGUGAGCAUUAGCAAGGACAGUAAUACUGUAGCUGAGACAAGUAACGUCCAAGAUAAAACAAAUAUGUCUAUAAAACCGUGACGUAUCUAUAUCUUAUAAUUAGUCUUAUACUAGUAAUAACAUAUCUUAUAUCCUAUAAUUUUAGUUGAUAAGCUUUUAUGCUAAAGAUAGCACUCGCAUGUUGACCUGCUGUUCUAGUUCAUAACAAUCAGAAAGCUUUAGCAAAGCCUUAGCACGCUUUUAGCAUGUUGCCUCAGUUAAUAGCUUUAGCAGUGAUCUAACUGCUUUCACUACCCGAUCUCCUUAACUGCCAGUGUGUUAAGUCAAGUGUGUAUGUGUAUAUGUGUGUGCAUGUUUCUCAGAUGAUAGAAUUAACAAGGACAACAGGAACUGUUUGACCGAAUAUGCCGUUUCAUAUUUAAAUUAGCAUUAGCUACGACAGCGGUAACCCCUCGUUCAAGAUAAAAACACAUAAUGAAUAUGACUAUAUUUGUGUGUUUAUGACACUGGUUUGUUCGAGAUGUUGCGUAGAGGAUUGUUUUUGUGGCUCUCACGAGUCUGUGGCAUUUUAGUCCUUGUUUGCUGCCUUCUUUCUCUCCUCUACGUCAUCACUUGCAACCCUCAUAGCGAUGACCCCUUGGUGGCACCCAGGCUGGGAGUACCAGGCUCUCCACGAGGGCUCGGGGUUCCUGGUGUGCUCAGUGGUGCCCCCUUGGGUUCAUCAAGUCAUGAAACCUAUCAAGCUUUGCUUCAGGAACAUGAGGAACAGCAACGCCAACACAUUUCUAGCCUGAAGAAGCAAAUCGCUGAACUGAAGGAAGCUCUGCAGGAGCGAGUUGAGCAACCAAAGGAGAUUCAGGAGAAAGUGAGCAACACAGGGACCGAUCUGAACGAGUUUCUCCGCUCCCAGCUGGGCCGGGCAGAGAUAAGUACAGGUGUCCGCUUGCCGAAUGAGUAUGCUGUGAUACCGUUUGAGAGCUUCACACUGCAGCGUGUCUAUCAGCUGGAGACGGGACUCACGCGUCAUCCUGAAGAAAAGCCGGCAAGGAAAGACAGACGCGACGAGAUUAACGAAGUGGUGGAGAGCGCUGUGCACACACUGAACUCACACAAACACAAUAUGGGAGAUAAAUUUAGUGCAGACAAGGUGUACAGCAUGGCUGACUUCAUUGAAGGUUUAGCACGAACAGAGAAGGAUAAAGGAACACUGUAUGAACUGACGUUCCGUGGAGAUCGGAAAAACGAGUUCAGGCGCCUCAUCCUGUUUCGUCCCUUCGGACCAUUAAUGAAGGUGUCGAACGAACGCGUGGCAACAUCUCACACCGGCAUUAACAUCAUCGUACCUCUUUCCCAAAGAGCUGACAAAUUCAAACAAUUUAUGCACACCUUCAGGGAGGUGUGCAUAAAGCAAGAUGGAAGAGUUCACCUCACCGUUGUCUACUUUGGCCAAGACCAGAUGAACGAAGUCAAAGUAAUCCUAGAAAACACAUCCAGAGAGCUGAAUUUCCGUAACUUUACCAUGAUCCACCUGAACGAGGAGUUUUCCCGCGGCCGAGGUCUGGACGUGGGUGCCCGAGCAUGGAAAGGAGGAAACGUUUUGCUGUUCUUCUGUGACGUCGACAUCGUUUUUACUGCUGACUUUCUGAACAGCUGCCGCCUGAACACACAACCAGGAAAGAAGGUGUUUUAUCCCAUUCUGUUCAGCCAGUACAAUCCUGCAGUGAUUUAUGGAGGUAGCGAUCACAUCCCGCCUGUGGAGCAACAGCUGGUGAUUAAGAAAGACACCGGCUUCUGGCGGGACUUUGGUUUCGGGAUGACCUGUCAGUACAGAUCCGACUUCAUCAACAUAGGUGGAUUUGAUGUGGAUAUUAAAGGAUGGGGUGGUGAGGAUGUGCACCUCUACAGGAAGUAUCUGCACAGUAACCUGCUGGUGAUCCGUGCUCCUUCUCGCAGUCUUUUCCAUCUGUGGCACGAGAAGCACUGUGCCGACGAGCUCCUGCCCGAGCAGUACAAGAUGUGCAUGCAGAGCAAAGCUAUGAACGAAGCAUCUCACGGACAGCUGGGAAUGCUGCUUUUCCGACACGAGAUCGAAGCUCACCUGCGCAGACAGAAGCAGCGCAGCAUCGCAAAGAAUGCCUAAAUGGACCGUGGUGAUUUUUACAGGCACACACAAACAAUUACACACUUUUUGACUUCUUUCUGUUCACCUGAAAGUGACAAUUGAAUUGUUUACAUUCAAGAACAGCUGAUUUCCAUGAAGGUUCUGACAUCGGAAGACGACAAUCAACCAGUCGAGUGGUUAAAGGGUAAACAGUGCUGUUGCUAGGCAACAGGAAACAUGGCUGACAAGCAGAAGCCAGCCAACGACUGAGUAUUAUGUUAUCGUGAGCUAGCACAUGGUAUCUUACAAUGUAAAGCCACAGAAACAGUGGAAACAUGAGGAAAAUUCCCUUCAGCAGUGUCUAAACGGUCAUCCUAAGACGACUCGUGGAUGAAUCCGACUCUCCUCAACAUCGUAAUGAUUUAUGCUUUAGUUUUUGUAGUAUUUUAUUUUAUUUUGUUUUUAUUAGGCUAAAACACAGACACCAUCCUAAUAAUAACUUCAUGAGACAUUGGUUUUUUUUUUUACACCUCGUUUAUAAGGUAUUUAUUAAAAGCAUGUUCAAUAUUUUUAUCUAUUUAUAAUUACAAUGAAACGAGCUUUAAUCGUCAGUGUCAGAAAAGUUCCCGCUUUACCUCUGACCGUCACAAAGCGCUGACGCUGGAGACUCCUUCCAUAAAUUAAAUUAAAAGUAAAUCUCCAACAAAAAUCAGUUUAAGUAACUUGUUGCCAUAGAAACGAUUACGUAUUAUAAUAGCAUACCGCAGACAGAACCGCCGUCAGAGCUGGUGUUAUAGACAAUUAAUCAACACCUUCUGACCAAUCAGAAGCGAGAAUUCAACAUAUAUAGUAGUAUAAUAAAACAUAAUGAUAUAAGAUAAGCUAUUUUCAAUUUAGUGAGCUGGGUUUGAAAAAUAAUUUGUACCACACACAUACCCAGAUAAUAGACACACUUUUUCUGUGUCUAUUGUCUAUAGUGUGUUCUUCAAGGGGUCUCUGAGGGUUUGAAUUUUUUGUUUGUUUUGUUUAGAAUUUAGGGUUAUUAGCAUUCAACAAGAAGUUGAAACUCUUUAUGGUAGGAAAACACUUACCAAGUCCCUUUCAAGAGGGGAAACUGAAUGUAUUUAGAAUAGCAAUGUAGAUUUAAAUAUAUAUAUAUAUAUAUAUAUAUAUAUAUAUAUAUAUAUAUAUAUAUAUAUAUAUAUAUAUAUAUAAUUUACUUUAUUUGCUUUUGGAAUUAAUGAGAAACACGUUACAUGUUCAGCAUGUAUACAGUACGUGGUUUCCCGACUUUUCCAGUUUUUCGUCGUUUUCUGAUAUUUUAGACAGUCCCAGUUUCACACCUUUUAAGAAUAAUGAUUAUUGACACAUGCUGAAAACACAGUGAGGGGAAAUGUAGAAUUUUGACUUUGCUAUGCAGAGAACUGAAUGUAUAAUGUCUCUAAACUGGCAGAAUAUUUAAUGAAGUAAAAAAAAGCACUUACAGUAGGAUAUUACAGGUAAUAACACGUUCAGACUCAUCACUGAUUUAUUAUUCUACAUCAAAUUUAUCAAUCCCUAAACUUCACUGAUUUAUAACUUCACUGAUUGUUUUUUUUUGUAUUUAUUGAUUUAACACAUCACCAGUACACUUGUACAAGUGUUAAGUCUUGCUGUCUCACAUGGUUUCAGCCAAAAAGAGUAAACCUUUUCAUCAGGAUUUCAUUUUUCUUCCAUUUUUGCUUUUACAGUUUUCUUAGUUCUGAUUUAUUGCUUAGAGACAGAAGAGAAAUCGUUUUUUUUUUUUGUUUGUUUGUUUUUUUUCUAAAGGCGGUGUAUUUACCAGUAUCAAUAUGCACAAAUGUAUUUCUCCAUUGUCUCAUGCAGGUGAGAAAAGGAGAACUAAAGAUAUGAAAUGAAGCAUUUUUAAACGUUGACCCAUAAACUGUACAUGUUUAUAUCGACGAGAAGAUCGAUAAUAACUGAGACGAUGUUCAGUUUUAUGAACAACUCGUAAUUUCAAUCACAAUCACAAGUUGUUCCGGUUACGGUCAAUUUUACAUUUAUUCACGUUGGUGUUUUGUUCCGUUCUAAACGGGAAAAUUAUUAAAAAAAAAAAAAAAAAAAAGACUAUCUGAAGAGUUUAGAAUUGGACAUUUAUAGAAGGACUGAUGUUCAUUUGGUCCUGAGAUUCUGUUUCAUGUUUCGUAUGAAAAAAACAAAACUGAAAAUGUAUAAUUAAGGUCUGGAGCAGUAGAUAGGACGAGACGUUCAGCGACCUAUGACUUUGAUUUGUUUCUUUAUACUUUUCUGACAGGAUUUCACUUUAUUUCUGAGUUCUUUUUUUGUUGUUGUUGUUAAAAUAUCGCUUUACAAAACGGCCUUCAUAUUUGCGACAACCUUGGCGCUUGGUGGCAGGAAGUAGAAGUUUGUUUUCCAGAAUGAUGCUCUUCAUGCAGGUAGAAAGGAAGGUUAUAAGUUUAAAUCCCAGCACAAAGUGACUGUUCUUAAGACAUUUCAUGCUUAUCUCCUCACCUCAGUGCUGGGAGCAGACUUCAGAUAAAAUCAUCUGCAAAAUAAAUAAAUGUAAUGUGUGAUAGAAGUUCUAAGCCAAGGAUUAUGUUGUCUCUCUAGAAUCUGUAUUAUUUUUAUUCUUAUUGUUUCUUUUUUGAUUGUUUUCUGAAUGAAGUUAAAUUAAAUAAGCCAUAUUUAACAUUAUUAGUAUUAAUUGGUCAUCCUCAGACCCUAAUUUAGAAGGGGAUAAAGUACCAUGUUUUACCCUUAAAACAGGAAAUGAAAGAAUGGUGUGAAAGAAAAGGAAAAGAAAAGGUUUAGGAUGUUUCCAAGACAAUAACUGAUGGCUAGAUCAGGAGCAAUGUAGUGUUUAGCUUCCCAUAUUUAACCUAUAAAAAAUGAGAGACUUCUAUUUAUUCAUCUUCUACGUUAUUCUUGAAGUAUUUGAAACGUUUUUAUUUUAAAUGGAAAACAUUUGCACAGAAGAAAUAUGAACAGAUUCCUAUAAUUAUUUUAACAAUAAAUUAAAUAUGAAUUAAAUGACUUUGUUGGCAUAUUGUUCUGAGAAAUACUCAUUCAGAUGAAUGGGUUGAUUUUAUAAAAUGAAUUACAUGCAUUUUCAAGCUUGUAUUAUUGGUUUUUUUAAGUAGAUUUAUGGACACAGGGAUGAAAUUAAAAUAAAUAAAAAUCUGUGUCGUUA